AUGAAUAAUGAUAAUGAUGAUGAUGAUGAUGAUGAUGAUGAUGAUGAGCAGGGUGGAAAAGGUGGUGAUAUGCAAGGUGAUGACAAUGACAAGGAGGGUAGCAAAGGUGGUGAUAACGAGCAUGGAACUGAAUCUGAAAAGAAUGAAGUUCCAUAUGAAACUCCUGAAAAGCAAAGCACUCCUUCACCAAAAACCAAUGAGGAAAAUGAAGAAGAGGUUGGCAAGGAUGGAACAAGCCUAGGAGUAGAGUCUGAAAUUGCUAAAACGCCGAGCACUCCUCUGUCAAAGGCAGCUGAAAUUCCUGAAGAUCAAGAAGACCAUAUGAACCUUAUUGACCAAGAUGUGAUGGAUACCGCUCAAACUGAUGAAAUUGAAAAAGUAGCUGGGUGUGAAGAUAACUUAUCUGAAACUGUGUUCGUGAAGCUUGAAAAAGGUUGUUACAAAAUGGCAGUACCUGAAGUGAAAGAAAAUAUGGAAACCCUGAUCCGCCACGAUUGUCCAAGAUUUCAAUUAUUGAGCCAAGAAGAUACAAAAGAAGAGUCGUCGCAAAAAUCAUUAUCCAAUGAAGCAAUGCAGUUCAUCCAACAAAAUGCCAGUGAGUUUUUUAGCAGUCAAGAGGUUGAAGAAUAUAAGACACCAGUGGUGACAAGAUCAGGGAAGAUGAGGGAAGCAGAUAUGUCGAGGACACAAGCGGCUGGCAAGUUGUCCAAGACACCACAAAAGAGAGAUGCAAAGAAAAAACUAGAUCCUCAGUUCACUGCCGAGGGUAAAACCAGACGAGUUAGGAUAAAAUCGGAUCAAAAAGGAAAGGGGGUCAAAUUGGGACAAGAACCAGGCUAUCUUGUUCCACUAAAGAGAAAGGCAUAG